UUUUUCUGCGGCCGCCAUAUUGGUUUCGGAUAGCUUGGCGCUUCUUCUUGUUCCGCAAACGCAAAAUUGUGAUUGAGAUCAAGGAAUGUAUAUACUUAGUUGAGUUGUUAGCAGAGGAAAUAUAAUAUAUCGUGAUAAGUGUUAGUUUAACAAAUAAUAAUGGAUCCCGCCAAGAUGAAAGUCGUGGAUCUCCGAUCGGAGCUCGGCGCUCUUGGGUUGGAUACCAAAGGGAAUAAGCCGGCUUUAGUCGAAAGAUUAAAGAAGGCGCUAGAAGCUAAAAGCGGGAAAGCAAUUGCCGAUACAACAAUACUAGAUACAUCAACCGAGGAUGCCGAUGAGCCGUCCACCCCCAGGCGCGCUGGCCCGGCGGCAAGAACUCGGAGACGGUCCUCGUCAACCAGAGUGGCUUCUACCCCAGCUAAGGUAGCUCGAGUUGAGACUCCCGAACCCAUUGUCGAGGAACCCAAGGCUGAAGAACCUGAACCGGAACCUGAACCACAGCGUGAAUCGUCCCCAGAAUCAUCUCCAGAACCGGAACCAGCACAACCUGCACCCGUGCCCGUUCCUGCGCCUGAACCUGAGCUGGAGACAGCGCCCGAGCCGGAGGCGAAGCCCCAAGUUCAGGACUCGGAGAUGUACAGCAUUGAUGAUGAGAGGAGCCAGUCACCAGUGCCUCAGGUGAAAUCUGAAGAACCAAUGGAUCAGGAAGGUGAUGAGAAGCCUGCAGAAGAUGCAACACGGAAGGACGAUCAGAAGAUGGAAGAUGAUGGAGAAAAGACGGAGGGUGAAGAUAAGAAGGCUGUUGAUGGCGAAGAGAGUGAGGAGGCGCGAGAGAGACAGCGCGAGCUCACCGAGGAAGAAGAGUGGGACCAACUGAACGAGCGCCUGCAGCAGAAAGAGAAGGAACGUCUAGAGCGAGAGAAGAAACAGGCAGAGGAGGACGCAAAGCGUCUCGAGGAGCUUAGCAAGGACCCAGUGAAACUGAACCGUCUGAAACGCAAGCAAGAGAAGAAGGCUCGCUGGAGCAACUUCUACAAGGCGGUUGAAGUCACCAAUGAAGUGCUCACGCCCCCUGUUGAGGAAUCUCGGCACAGGAAGAAAUCUGAAUCGAGCGAGGCCAAGGUUGUUGAACCCGAUCUUAAUGACAAUAAAUUGACUUUGUCUUGGUACGACAGCGACCUCAACCAAUACCUGGAGCUGCCCGAGCUGGUGUCCGUGGUGCCGCUGUCCGAGGGAGCCUUCGCACACGCCUGGGCCGGCGCGCGCGGCAGCCACGGCGUCUCCGAAGGACGGGUCUGCUUCGAGGUACGAGUGGGUGACGCGGUGACAACUACGGAAACCAUCGGCGAUAAGGAGGUGAUCUCCAACGGGCUCCGAGUCGGCUGGUCCACGGAUGACUCCUCACUGCAUCUUGGCGAGGGUGAGCUGAGUUUCGGCUAUGAGAACACCGGGCGAGCUGUCAACAACGGAGAGUUUAAGGAGUACGGCAAAAGCUUCUCCGAGAAAGACGUACUUGGAGUUUAUUUGGACCUGGAAUCGAACCCAUGCAAGAUCUCAUACACGCUGAACGGGACGGAGCUGGGCACGGCGCACGAGUUCGACCGCUCGGCGCUCGACGGCCGCGCUCUGUUCCCGCACGUGCUCACCAAGAACAUCUGCUACCGGGUCAACUUCGGCCAUGACCAAUACAACAUGUUGACAAAGACGAAGAUAGUCCGCAAACGGCUUGAAAUACCCAUCGAGCAAGUUCUAGAAGAGAAGAGGAUUCGCGAAGAGGAGAUCCAGCGGCAGAAAGAGGAAGCUGCCAGGAAGGAGAAGGAACGAAAAGAAAAGGAGAAGAAAGAACGAGAGGAGCGACAGAGACAGAGGAGAGAGGAGCGCGAGAGACAGGAACGCGAAAGAAAAGAGAAAGAAGCUCAAGACAGGAAAGAAAAGGCAGAGGAGGAGAAACCAGCAGAGGGGGACAAGGAUGGAGAGGAGGAAAAGAAACAGGACGAGCCUAAGGAAAACGGCGAUAAACCGGAAGAAGGAGCGGAAGUGAAACAGGAGCCUAUGGAGACCGAGGCGGCGCCCGAGGCGACACCCGAGGCGGCACCCGAGGCCGAGCCCGCCAAGGAGGAGACACCAGCUGAAGCCAGUAAGGAAGACGCUAAGGAAGACGUCAAGGAGGAACCGGCACCAGAAGGCCCAGUCCCAGAGGUGACUGAGGAGCAAGUACUGAAGGGUCUUACACUCGACAAGCGGAUUAAAUUCGUUACCAGGUUCACCGUGGAGCAGGAGCUGGACGGGCCGGAGGCGACGCUGCUGCCCGGCUACGUGUUCGUCGCGCUCGCGCAGCUCGUGGACGGACCGCGCCGACCCGCCUCGAAGGCCGAAUGCGAGGUGAUCCUGAUGGUGGGCAUGCCGGGCGCGGGCAAGACGCACUGGGUGCGCGCGCACGUGGCCGCGCACCGCGAGCGCCGCUACAACGUGCUCUCCACGCAGGAGCUCUUCCACCGCAUGCAGGUGGACUGCAAACCCUUCCGAGACACCUGCGAAGGCCGCUGGGAUGCCAUGGUCUCCAAGGGCGCUAAAUGCGUGCUUAAGUUGUUGGAAUUCGCCCACGGGAGAAGGCGAAAUUACAUUUUGGAUCAGACGAACGUAUACCCGUCGGCACAGAGGAGAAAACUACGGGAAUUCGACGGGUACCGGCGGGUGGCGGUCGUGGUCGUGCCCGACGCGGAAACGUUCGCCGAGCGGAGCGCGAAACGCGAGCAAUCUGACGGCAAGGAAGUCCCAGAUGGCGCCAUCAUGGACAUGAAAGCUAACUUCGCGCUGCCGGAGAAAUGCUCGUGGAUCGACGAGGUCAUCUACCCGGAGCUGAACGAAGAGGAAGCGAAGAAGAUUCUAGAAGCGUUCCACAAGGAAGCGAAGGCGGCGGGAGUGGUGAAGGAGCGGGAGAAGAGGGACCGCUCGUCGGGCCGCGACGCGCCGCCGCAGAAGAGGCCGCGCUCCGGCGACCGCAGGCACGGCCGCGAUGAUCGCAGGAAGGACUUCAGCCGAGAACGCGAGGACAGAUGGGGUGGCGGCGGCGGCGGCGGCGGCGGCGGCGGCAACAGCCGCUGGGGGUCGUCCAACCGCGGUGGCGGCGGCGGCGGCGGUGGUGGUGGUGGUCGCUGGGGGGGACCCAGAGACAGGCCCGGUCCGCCGCAAGGACGCUUUGACAGGCCGUGGGGAGGACGCGACAACGGCGGGCCACCUUUCAACCGCGACCGCGACGGUUUCCGCGGCGGACGCGGCGGGCCGGGAGGACCCGGCGGCGCGGCCGCCAUGCGCGGGGACCGCGGGCCGCGCCAGGAGCAGCGCUUCGGCGCCCGCCCCGACAGCCGCGGGCGACCCAUGGACAACAAGCGCCCGCCUGGACCGCCGGGACCGGGACCGCAAGGUGGUGGCGGUGGCGGCGCUGGGUCGUGGCAGCGCGGCGGGCAGGCGGGCGGUCGCGGCGGGCACAUGGGCCGCAACAGCGCGCCCGGCGGACAGAUGCAGCGAGCAGGACCGCAGGGCAAGGAUGGACAACAAGGACAGCAGGCAGGCAACCAGCAACAGGGGUGGAACCAGUGGGCCAACCAGCAGGGCUGGGGCAACUGGGGUAACUGGAACCAACAGAACCAAGCCGCAUGGGGCAACUGGCAACAAAACUGGAACAACUGGAACCAGCAGGCGGGCCAGCAGGCCGGCGCCGGCGCCGCCAAGGGGCAGGCGGCCGCGGGGGCGGGCCAGCAGGCCACGCAGCAGCAGUGGCAGCAGUGGUACCAGUGGCAGCAGUGGCAGCAGCAGCAGGGCUGGCCUGGGUACCAGCAAGGGCAGCAGCAGGCGGGACAAGCUGGCCAGGACCAGCAGGCGCAAUGGGCGCAGUACUAUCAGAAUUACGGUGCUAACGCCGCGGGCAACGCGGUCGCCGACAAGAAGUGACGCGCCGAGCGGCGCUAGUGCCGCCCGCCGGAGCCCUAUACUCCACCCGAGCCUCACACACCUAACACCAAUGUGGACAAGAUUACAUGAACAUUUACCCUUGAUACAUAACAGACUGUUCCAUUA